AUGGUUGAUCUCCUAGGUCGAGCCGGACACUUAGACCAGGCAGUGAAGUUUAUUGAAAGCAUGCCUAUCAAACCGGAUAUCUCUAUAUGGAGUUCCUUGUUGAGAGCAUGUGGAAGCCAUCAGAAUAUAGAAUUAGCAGAAAAAGUAUUUCAACAGCUCAUAAAGAUAGACCCUAUAAAUGAUGCUGCUUAUGCUCUUAUUUCAAAUAUAUAUGCAAAAGCCGGUAGGUGGGAUGAUGUGAGCUGGGCAAGAAAGAAGUUGCAUGAACUAAGAGUGAGGAAGCAACCAGGAUGUAGUCUAAUAGAACAAAAUGGAGUUGUUCAUGAAUUUACAGCUUGGGAUUUCUCAAACCCUCAAUCCGCUGAAAUAUAUGCUAUGUUGGAUGAAAUAAAGGGUAGAUUGCAAAAACAGGACCUAGUAGAAACAUCAUCUCAUCAUAGUGAAAGAUUGGUUGUUGCUUUUGGUCUUUUAAACAACCCCCCAAGAACUCCUAUCUGUGUAGUUAAUAAUCUGUAG